AUGCUUCUUUCCCACAUACAGAACCACCUGGGCUUCUCCAUGUCCUUCACCCCGAUACCAGGCGUCAACGGCUCCUCCCACUGGGGGCGCACCUUCUCCGUCAUCCGCGACGGCCUAUUCGACCUCUCGCCAUCAUCCUGGACCGUGAGUCACGCUCGACACGCGCUGGUUGACUUCACGUUCCCAACGGUAACCGUGACAGUAGGAUUCGGCAUCAGAACACCCGACGCCGAGACGGAUACUACGGCGUUCCUGCGGCCGUUUGACGAGUCUGCGUACGCCGGAGUGGUGCUGCUGCUUGUGCUGCUGGCCACAGCCGCGUGGCUGCUGGAUAACCGCAGUCGGCUCCUGGGUGAGGAAAGCAGGAGUGUGCAAGACCAAGUCAUCCUGCUCACCGGCUUCGCUACCGGCAUCCUCGUCUGCAACUUCUACAACAGCGGCUUGUAUUCGCAUCUCACUGCCACCCGUGCCGCAAUGCCCUUCUCCUCCGUGACCGAACUCUUUCGUGACAGUUCGUUUACUAUCGGAGCUCAAGUAAGCUUCUACUUCUCCACUGCACUUUCACGACUCACUGGAUUUUCCGUCACUGAAGUUGAUCGCCGACUAGAGAACCAUCUCGGCAUACACGAUCGCGAAAUCGAGCGCCUGAUCGCUAAGCCUCAAUUCGCGUUCUUGAUGACCUCCACGGCUUUCAAACUUGCUGUCCGCGUUCCUCCGUGGCAAGCGGAUCGUUGUCCGUCGUGCUUCGUGCCACUGAAAGGAGUGCCCCCGGAGGAAAGGGCCAUCAUCUUCAGGAAGGGACUGGACGCAGAGCACGGCAUCAUGAACCGACAGCUGCUGAGGCUGUGGGAAGGAGGAGUGCUGGCAAGGGAGAGGGCCUACUGGCUACCGGAGACACUCAGCGAGAGCUACAGGUGCCACCCAGGAGCCCGAGGCUGGGAUGCCAUCGCUGUGAGCCAAGUUUACCCGCUGUUUGUGCUACUGCUAACCAGCGCGGCCGUGUCGCUGCUACUUCUGGCGGCGGAAAUCAUCCACUUCCGGUGGUCGAGAAAUGGCCGGAAGCGCGGCACUUCCAGGAGCUAA